UUGGAACACAUGUAAUUUUCCUUAUUAUAAAGACGUGGUUGUUAGUGGUGCAAUGGGGGACGCCGAGCAGGGCUCCAGCUGGAGUAGAGCCCGGCGUCGUCAUUGCACCACCGACAAUCAUGUUCUUCUGCUGCAUGCUGCUGUUGUUCAAGGUAUUUGCUUUUGCAUUGCUCCAGCUGAAUCAUCACAAUGCACAAAGCUCCCCUUUCGGCUAUAUAAAGGCAGUCUCUGUCUUUGUUUCAACACACCAAAAACCAAGCUUCACUUCUUCUUCUGCAAUCUACAUUUGUUCUCUCGAGAAAGAGAGUAGAGAUACAAGUUGGUUCGAUGGGCAGUCUAGAGCAAUACUCCGGGGACUGAGUGGGAACCGAGUAAACCCUGAGAGACAAACACCGAUUCAACCUCCAACACCGGUAUCCUACAGAUACCUUGUUGCCAACGCAAAUUAUAGAAAAGGGAGGCGGACUUGAACAGAAACAAAUUUCAGCUCAGGAAGGUUUCGUCUGAGUCUCCUUGACAGUGGAAAUCCGGUGCUCAAGACCAUAAACAUCCCUAUUACCUAACUGAAUGAACCUUAUUACAGAACUGGUACAGACGAUGAUGUUAAUUCUUCGAAUUCUGGUACCCGACUGGUCUUUAACGAAUCAGGCUUCAUUUAUGUACUGAGAGAAAAUGGUGGGAAGUUUAUUCUUUCACAGGGAGCCAUAGUGUCCAACGCCGUUUUCUAGCAAAGAGUGACUCUCAAUUUCGAUGGAGUACUCACACAGUAUUACCAUCCGAAGAAUAACACCGCUGGGAAUGAAAGCUGGUCUGUCAUUUGGUCUGAACCAGAUAAUAUAUGCACAGCAAGUUAUGCACUUGCAGGAAGCGGAACUUGUGGGUAUAACAGUCUUUGUAGACUCGAAACAAAGGGAAACAGGCCAAAAUGUGAAUGCCCAAGCGGGUAUACUUUACUUGAUCCGUAUGAUGAAUAUGGAAGCUGCAAACCAAACUUCACAUUUGGCUGUGAAGAUGGACUUGGGGUAGCAUAUGAUAUGGUAGAGUCACCAAACUCUGACUGGCCAUUUUCUGAUUGCGAGCUGUUAAGACCUUAUGGUGAAGGGGAGUGUAGAAAUUCAUGCUUGCAUGAUUGCAUGUGCGCUGUUUCCAUUUUUAGAAACGAGACCUGUUGGAAGAAAAAACUGCCACUCUCAAAUGGCAGAGUAGACAAUAGUGAAAGAAGUAAGGCGUUUGUUAAAGUUGGGGAAAAUAAGUUUCCCAUUCCAGAGCCCAAGAAGAAGAAUGAAGGUACUUAAGUGAUUGCUGGAUCUAUGCUAUUGGUUAGUUCGGUCUUAGUUGCUGCUAUUUGUUUGGCAUUUGUCUUCAUUUACAAUAAGCAACAAGCGAGAAUUCCACCGACUGAAGAAAUUGUGGACACCAAUUUGCAUUGUUUUAGGUACAAAGAGCUCGUGGAAGCUACCGGUGGAUUCAAGGAGGAAUUAGGAAGGGGAGCUUUUGGGAUUGUCUAUAAAGGAGAAAUGAAGAUUGAGGAGAUCUUGUUGCUGUCAAGAAGUUGGACAGAAUGGUUCAAGUGGGUGAGAAGGAAUUAAAAGCUGAAGUGAAUGUGAUAGGCCAAACUCAUCACAAGAAUCUUGCUCGCCUGCUUGGAUAUUGCAACGAGGGACCACACCGACUUCUGGUCUCUGAGUACCUGAGUAAUGGCACAUUAGCAACCUUCCUUUUUGGAGAAACAAAACGUAGUUGGAACCAUAGAACCGAAAUAACUAUGGGAAUUGCGAGAGGACUCUUAUACUUACAUGAGGAGUGCAGUACACAGAUCAUUCACUGUGAUAUAAAGACUCAGAAUAUACUCCUUGACAAUUAUUAUCAUGCUAGGAUUUCUGAUUUUGGUUUGGCAAAACUUCUGAUGAUGGGUCAGAGCCAUACACACACUGCUAUUAGGGGAACAAAAGGGUAUGUUGCACCUGAAUGGUUCAGAAACAUGCCAAUCUCUGUGAAAGUCGAUGUCUACAGUUUUGGUGUCCUGCUUUUAGAAAUCAUAUGUUGCCGGAAAAAUGUAGACUUGGAGAUGAGUGGGAAAACUGCAAUUCUAACUGAUUGGGCUUAUGACUGCUAUGAGGAAGGUACAUUACAUGCUCUGGUUGGAGAUGACAUGGAGGCCUUGAAUGACAGAAAUAAUUUUGAUAGGUUUGUUUUGGUUGCACUUUGGUGCAUCCAAGAAGACCCGUCGUUAAGGCCCACAAUGAGGAAGGCUAUACAGAUGCUGGAAGGAGUGACUGAAGUUACUGUCCCUCGGUGUCACUCUCCAUUCAGUAAUUUAGGCUAAAUCCGCCUUCUGCUGCAUCACUGAUGUAGUUUUUGGUCAUGCCAUUAUCUUCCCUCUGGCUACUUGUUUCUCGUUCUUCAUUGUGUGUUGUGGAGGAUUUCCUUUCAAUCUAAUGUUUCUUGUUUCUGCUAGGAUUCACUAAAAGAUGGUAACGUAGGAUAUUCCAAUUGUCUUUCUGAUAAAGCAACCUAAAGAAAUUAUUGUAUUUUAGUGCAA